GAAGCGGCGGCGCAGACGCGUGCGCCCGCGCGCCAUGGCGGCCCCCGGGAGAGCCGCGGCCUUCCGCGCGCGCCAGCCCCGGCGGCCCGAGGAGGCGGUGCAGGACCCGGACGCGGACGAGCAGGACGAGACCGAGGAUGGCUUCUCCCUGGAGGAGGUGCUGCGCCUCGGCGGCACCAAGCAAGACUUCCUCAUGCUGGCCACGCUGGACGAGAACGAGGAGGUGGUGGACGGAGGGAAGAAGGGCGCCAUCGACGACCUCCAGCAAGGGGAGCUCGAGGCGUUCGUGCAGAGCCUGAACUUGAGCAAGUACGCCGGAGCGUGCGUGAUCGAGGAUGACGGCGACAGGCCCGCUGAGACAGAGGAGGUGAGCAAAAAGGAGAAGAAAGCCAGCAAGAAAAAGCAGAGCGCAGCCGAGGAUGGGAGGACGCCGGCCGGCAAGGCGGAACCGAAGAAGAGGCCCGCGCCGGAGCCCGCGGAUGCCAAGGCCGCUGCGGGGGCAAAGGGCCGGCGCGAGAAGGCGCAGGACCCCUUCGAGUUCUGCGAGCGGCAGGCGCUGCUGCUCCGGCCGGGCGGCAAGUGGUACGAGCUGGAGUACAGCGGCGAGUGGGCGCCCGAGCCGCAGCCCCGCGAGCUGGUGGCCCGGUACGGCGCCCUGGCCCAGCGGCUCUACGAGCACGAGAUCAGCCUGUUCAAGGCCCAGACGGCGCGCCAGAAGGGCGCCUCGACCUGGAUGAAAGCCAUCGUGUCCUCGGGGACGCUGGGGGACAGGAUGGCCGCCAUGAUCCUGCUCAUCCAGGACGACGCGGUGCACACCCUGGAGUUCGUGGAGACGCUGGUGGGGCUGGUGAGGAAGAAGGGCAGCAAGCAGCAGUGCCUGGCCGCGCUGGACACCUUCAAGGAGCUGCUGCUCUCGGACCUGCUGCCCGGAGGCCGGAAGCUGCGGCCCUUCAGCCAGCACCCCUUCGGCCGGCUGGAGCAGCUCUGCAGCGGCAACCGCGACUCCCGAGACCGCAGGCUGCUGCUCUGGCACUUCGAGCACCAGCUCAAGCACCUGGUGGCCGAGUUCCUGCAGGUGCUGGAGGCGCUGAGCCACGACCCGCUGCCGGCCACCCGGACCCGAGCCCUGAGCGUGGCGCACGAGCUGCUGUGCCACAAGCCCGAGGGCGAGAAGGCGCUGCUCGUGCAGGUGGUGAACAAGCUGGGGGACCCCCUGAGCCGCGUGGCCACGAGGGCCUCCCACCUGCUGGAGACGCUGCUGCGGCAGCACCCCAACAUGAAGGGCGUGGUGUGCGGCGAGGUGGAGCGGCUGCUCUUCCGGCCCAACGUCAGCGCCAAGGCGCAGUACUACGCCGUGUGCUUCCUGAACCAGAUGGCCCUGGCCCCCGAGGACGGCGAGCUGGCCAGCCGGCUCAUCGCGCUCUACUUCUGCUUCUUCCGCACCUGCAUCAGGAGGAAGGAGGUGGAGUCCAAGAUGCUGGGCGCCCUGCUGACGGGCGUGAACCGGGCCUACCCCUACGCCCCCGCGGGCGACGCCAAGGUGCGGGAGCAGGUGGACACGCUCUUCGGCGUGCUGCACGCCGUGACCUUCAGCACCGGCCUGCAGGCCCUGAUGCUGCUCUUCCAGGUCAUGAACGCGCAGCAGACCGUCUCCGACCGCUACUACGCAGCGCUCUACCGGAAGAUGCUGGACCCGGGGCUGCGCACGUGCUCCAAGCAGGCCAUGUUCCUGAACCUGCUGUACAAGUCCCUGAAGGCCGACGUGGCGCUGCGCAGGGUGAAGGCCUUCGUGAAGCGGCUGCUGCAGGUCACCUGCGGGCAGGCGCCCCCUUUCAUCUGCGGGGCUCUCUACCUCCUCUCCGAGAUCCUCAAGGCGAAGCCGGCCCUGCGGAGCCAGCUGGACGACCACCCGGAGUCUGAUGAUGAAGAGAAGUUUGUUGACGUCGGAGAUGAGGAAGACGCAGAGCAGUUCACCGAUGCAGAUAAAGAGGCAGAGACAGAGAAGACAGUUGAACCGGAAGAAGCUUCAUCUGAAGAGCAGAUCAAAACCAAAGCGCCAGAAUCCGCGUCUUGGGUGCACUUCGAUAACCUGAAAGGUGGGAAACAGUCAAACAAAUACGAUCCGUUUAGUAGAAACCCUUUGUUCUGUGGCGCUGAAAAUACAAGUCUCUGGGAACUGAAAAAGCUCGCCGAGCAUUUUCAUCCCUCCGUGGCCCUGUUUGCAAGGACUAUCCUUGAGGGAAAUUCUAUCCAGUAUUCGGGGGACCCGCUGCAGGAUUUCACACUGAUACGGUUCCUGGAUCGAUUCGUUUACCGCAAUCCGAAGCCACAUAAAGGCAAAGAAAACACGGACAGUGUCGUGAUGCAGCCGAAGAGGAAGCACUUCCUGAACGACAUCCGUGCACUUCCCGUCAACAGUAAGGAGUUUCUUGCCAAAGAAGAAAGCCAGAUACCCGUGGACGAAGUGUUUUUUCACCGGUAUUAUAAAAACGUCACCGUUAAAGAGAAACAGAGGAGGGAUUCCGACGAGGAGAGUAUAGAAGAUGUGGACGACGAUGAAUUUGAACGGAUGAUUGACACGUUCGAAGAUGACAACUGCUUCAGCGCAGGAAAGAAUGACCUUGACUUCGCCAGCAACGUGAAGAAGAGGAAGAAAGGAGAGAAGGACGAGCUGGAGGAUGCGGACUCAGAGGGCAGUGAGGACGGCGAGGACCUGGACGACGACGAGGUGUCCCUGGGCAGCAUGGACGAGGAGGAGUUCGGCCUCGACGACGACGGCGGCACUUUCCUGGACGUGUCGGACGAGGAGGGCGAGGACCUUCCGGAUGUUGACGGAGUCGGCGCCAAAAGCAACGCCAAGAAAAAGAGGAAAGGUGGGCGCGACUUGGACUUCGCUGGGUCAUUUCAAGGGCCAAGGAAAAAGAAGAGAGGUCUGGACGACUCCAGCCUGUUCGUGUCUGCAGAAGAGUUUGGCCACCUGCUGGAUGAAAACAUGGGCUCCAAGUUUGAUAAUAUCGGCAUGAACGCCAUGGCCAACAAGGAGAACGCGAGUUUCAAACAGCUGCGCUGGGAAGCCGAGCGUGACGACUGGCUGCACGGCCGAGACGCCAAAAGCAUCAUCCGGAGAAAGAGAAACUCCAGGAGGAGGCUGGGAGCGGCGCAGAGAGCGAAAAGGCCCAAGAAAAGGGCCGUCUCCAAGGCUUGAACCCCACUCACGUCUAGCUUUUGCCGCUGAGCCAUUUUUCUUGGUCUUGCUCUCUAAUUCCAUGUAUUCCAGAAUGUUCGAUGGAUUUGUAGUAAGCUGGAAAUAAAAGCAGCUGUCAUUUGUAAACCACGUUAAGAACCGACAGGGGCUGGAGAGAUAGCACAGCGGGUAGGGCGUUUGCCUUGCACGCGGCUGACCCGGGUUCGAAUCCCAGCAUCCCAUAUGGUCCCCUGAGCACCGCCAGGAGUAAUUCCUGAGUGCAGAGCCAGGAGUAACCCCUGUGCAUCGCCAGGUGUGACCCAAAAACCAAGAAAAAAAAAAAAAAGAACCGAGGACAAACCAGCGUCCCCCUCCCCGCUCUGGGCUGCCCGUCCACGCAGCUCUCUGUAGACCCUGGGCUGGGCGCCGGAGUCGUCUUUCUUAGUCCUGCAAUCCCAGCGGCGACUGAAAGGCUCCGACAACCUGGUAACCCUGAGCUGGGCUUAAGCCGGGACUUGAGUCUGAAGUCCCAGGUUAGGUCACUUAGCCCUUAUUUGAGCGUAAGGAAUCUAACGCUUCACUGAAGGACCUACCUUCCAAGAUGAAGGGGAACCUCCUGCUCAUCGUUUGCCUGAAAUCUGAUAGAACAAGAAGUUAAUCAGAACAUGUUUUUAAAAGACUUCCUACAGCUUUCAAACCCAGCCUUGGGGAGCAGGGAUGCGGCCCUGGGUGUACUUCAGGGCCUGUGAGGCCCUGGGCCUGGUCCUGGCACCUUAAAGCAUUAGAUGUGAAGCUCAGAGACUGCCCCAUCCAUCCCCGGGCACGUGGCCCCCCCUCCCCGGGCACUCACUGGCAGGCGUGACCAACCUGAAUGCUCCCCCCCUCCCAAUUACUCAUAAAUAAAUGCAGGGGCUGGGAAGAGAGAGCGCCACCCUGGCAGGGAGGGCCCUUGCCUUGCACACGACCACCCAGGUCUGAUGCCGGCACCCCCAGGAAUGAUCCCUGAGCACAGGGCCAGGAGGAAGUUCUGAGCACCUGUGCACAGCCCAAAAGCAAGCCCACAGGAACGCUUUCGACUGCUAGGAAACAAGCGGUUUAAAUGGGAACGGCUGGUAAAUAACAUCACUUGCCAACACGACAUCAGUGUGUUGCUUUGACCUGUAUGUAUUAUGUAAUUUAUUUUUUUAACUGUCAUUUAUUGAGAAGCAAUAUUUAAAAGCGAGUUUUCAGUGAUGUGUUCUUAUAUCGCUUUAUAAAUGUCAUUACUUAUUACAGAACUAGAAAUUAAAACUACCCAGUUUUUAAAAAUCGA